AGCGCUCCCACGGCCGCCCGCAGGGUCCUAACGCCGCCCGCCGCUCUCCGCUCCGCCGCCCCUCGCCAUGAAGGUCGCCGCCGUCGCCCCGUCGCCGCUGCCCGCCGGUCCCGGCGGGGCGCUGAAGGCGGUGCGGCCCGGGGAGGCCGCCCGCUGCGGGCCGGGGCCGGGCCCGGGGGCGAUCGCGGCGGAGCAGGCGGCGGCCGCGCUGCUGUACGACAUGAAGGGCUGCUACUCGCGGCUGCGGGCGCUGGUGCCCACCCUGCCGCGGCACCGGCGGGUCUCCAAGGUGGAGCUGCUGCAGCAUGUCAUCGACUACAUCUGGGACCUGCAGCUCGCGCUGCAGCCCGGGCCCCCCCGGCCCCCCGCCGCCGCCGAGCCCCCCGAGGCUCCGUGCAUGCCCGCUGCCGACCGCAUCCUGUGCCGCUGAGACCUCCACGGACCUGCCGGGACCCCCAGCGCCGCGCCCCGGAUGGGACCCCCGGGCACGGAUGGGGCCCGCGGCUGCGGGGCUGCAGCCAGGGCCCCCCCCAGGGCCCGGCGGCUGCGGCUCGUAACCUUCUCAGAUUGCUGAGAGCAUUCCCUGUAUUGUAUAUUACAAUGAUGCUGGAGAAUAUUGUUCUACAAUAGCUGGAGUUUUGUUAUUAAACAAGCCCUGAUUACCAGG